GACAGCUGUGCACCAAUGGCGGGCGAGGGGCGGGGCUGCGGGCCCCGCCCCUCCUUUUGUCUAUAUAAGGCUGUCGCGGCAGGUCGGGCGCUGGCGACGGGGAUCGGAAGGAGCCGCGGGGCGGGUGUCGCUGGUGCUGCCGCUGCUGGCCGGGGUGUCUGCGCCCCUCGGCGCGCCGCGCUCGGUGACCUCCUCACAAUGGCAGAUCACAUGAUGAUGUCGAUGAACCAUGGCGUUAAUGGGCUCCAGAAUUACCGCAUGGGAAUGAAUGGGCUGCAGGGACCCCCCCAGCAUGGGCAGCAUGUGCUAAGGACUCUACCUACAACCAACCAGAUGAUGCAGUACGGAGGGGCCAGCAUGGAUGGGAGCAUGAGGCCAAGACCCAAUAUCAAUGGACAAAUGGGCCACCAUCAAAUGCCGAACACUAUGAUGUUCAACAGUCCGAGCCAGCAGCAAUACAUGGGGCCUGUAGGCACUCAGCAGCUUAUGGCCAGCAUGCACUUACAGAAACUCAACACCCAGUAUCAAGGGCACCCUCUAAUGGGCAUGAGCAAUGGCCCCAUGGCAGCAGGUGCACAGCAGUACAGAGUGGUGCCCAGUCAGCACCCUGGCAUGCAGCACAUGCCCUCACCAGCUCUGACCUUGAAUGUUAUGGACACUGAUCUCAUAGAUGAGGAGGUCUUGACGUCUCUGGUCCAGGAACUGGGUUUGGACCGGAUUCAGGAGCUGCCUGAGCUCUUCUUGGGACAGAAUGAAUUUGACUUCAUUUCAGACUUUGUCAGCAAACAACAGUCCAGUGCCAUCAGCUGCUGAGGGGCUUGGGGCUCAGCCUUUUUCUUUUGGUGGCUUGAAUUCCCCCCACUCCCCCUAUUUCCCACCCCCUCCCCAAAAACGAUCAUUGGAUGCUGAUGGCUUGCACUGGAUUGCUUUCUCUUUUCCGUGUGGGAGUUAUUUUUCUUGUUUUGGGAAUGGGAUGGGGAGGAAGGUUCUGGUGACCCAGACAGUGAAGAUGAAAUCUUGCUGUAGGAUCAUCCUAAAUGGCAUGAACAAGUUUUGUCUUCAGCAGAAACAAUGGACUACUUAAAGUGACACUCAUGACUUUCCAUGUCUAGGCUUCCAAGUGCCAGGGUAGAAGGACAGCGCGGUGCUGCUGCCACUAGUGAGCUUGUUCUAAGUUUUGGCAUUGCCAGUGAAGUUCCCAAACUUUACUUGUGAUUAAAAUCCUGUAAUAGCUUGUGUGUCUGAACUGCCACUAUCCCUCAUUGCAAAGAGGGGCUUUGGUUUGGGUUUUGUUGUUGCUGGCUUUUUGUCUUAAAAUCAAAUCCCUUCCUUCCCCACAAUACUAAGAUGUUUAAUCUUCCUUUUCUACUUUGACUCAAAAAGGGGUCACUUCCCCCUCCAUCAGGUUAUUACUAUUUUAUUGUCUUAGCUGCACAAAAUGUGUCUCCGGGGAGGGUGAUGUAUACGUAUGUGCCUAAAUCUCUGUAGAAUUUGGAUCUUUUAACUUGUACAGCGAAUCAACUGUAAAACUACUAAGUGUUCAGACUAAUUCAGAUGCAAGGCUUAAAGCUGCAGUCAAACUCCAUUUUCUCCGCCUCUGAAACCAAAUAAAAUCCAUGUAAUUGUAUAUUCCUGGCCUAAUCUUAUUUAUUCUUUUUCUAAUCAUUAUUUAUUAGAAAGGGCUCCAUUCGUUAUUUGGUUUUGAGACUGUUGGGAAUGACUAAAGGGCUUACUGCAGUUUUAAGAUGCUGGCUUUUUUAAAAAGGACUGGAACAGCUACAUGUUUCUUCCAAACAGCCAUGCACAAGGUUUUCAGCAGCAUAAUUUUGUGAUGAAUAUGUAGGUCCUUGUAAACCAACCCCUCCGUCCCCCCUGAUGUGAUAAAGGAUGACUUGAUUUUUAAUUACAUUGCUCAGAAAAGGUUAAAUGUAAAAGCUAGUGGGUUUUUGUUUCCUCUUCUGUCUCUUGUUUCCAGGCGCUUUGGAAAGUGGAAAGCUCAUUGUGUCAACUUUUAGUUGCUACUGCCCCCUGCUGCUGAGAGUACAUGGCAGCACAUCAUUGUUGAUCAAUGAAGUGAGAAUGUACAGAUUAAUUUUCAAAUAAAAGCUAAAACUUAA